CGCAGCCUGAGCGAGCGCAGUCUCCAUCUCCAGCCAACUUCGCCUACUAGUAAUUCUACCGUAGACAUUCGAGCUUUGUCUUCCCUACUUCAAUACAAAGUUACCACGCGUAUCACUCUCGGCCUGAAGACUCUCUGCGCCCAUCGCAUAGUCAUCGGCUCGUUGAUUUCAUCGGAAUCACGGAAAAAGGACGAUUAGGCCUUGUCACUCAUUGUCUACCACAAGCAACGAACGAAGGCGCGACCUUCGACUUAUCCUUUCCACGAGGCGAAUUUUGCCUUUCGCCUAACCUCAACCCUCACCGUUUUCGAAUCUCUGUCUGAUCAUGUCGACCAUCGCUCUCGAGACGCCCUUGGCUGAGACUCUCAGCAAUGCUGUUCAUUCCAAGAUUGUCGAGGAAGGCUGGACGCAGGAGGACGACACUUCGUUAGCCGAAUACAUCGUGUUGAUGCUGGCAAAUGGAAAAACUCAGGAUCAGAUCGCAUCCGAACUUGCGGGCGAGUUGUUGCAAGAUGCGAAGGGCACGACGGAGUUUGCGCAGUGGCUGUUCGAUCAAGUCAAUUCUCUCUCCGGCGGUACCACAGGCUCCGCCCCUGCAGAAACAUCAGAAUCCACUGCGCAGCAAAAUCAAACAGUCGCAUCAGAGUCUGCGCCCGCGGAAUCGACAGAAAAUACCACCUCCGCAAUUCCCGCGGCUUACGACCAAGAUAUGGCUGACAACGCCCCUGAAAAUGCUCCUCGAGGGCCCAAGAACUUACACGGAGGCCGGCCAUCGGGCAGAGGUGGACGUGGCGGUGCAAACAACAAGACUGGCGACUCCGUGCUACAUAGAGUGCGCGGCAAUGAUCGAAUAAAUACACACUCCCGCGGCACACCGAAAGGACCUCGCAACGUGCAGAACCGUGACAUUCGGCCAGGCAUGCAAAAAGCCUUGAAUAACAUGGCCAUGGGAGGUCCUCCACAGGGAAUGCAGAACCCCAUGUUGAUGAACGGUGGCCAACCCGGACAACCAGUCAUGCAGAUGACCCCACAACAGCAGAUGGAAUUUAUGGCAAUGAUGGAACAGCAGACCAGAAUGCUCGCACAAAUGACAGGCAUGAUGCCCGGAUCGGUCAAUACUUUCCCACAAGGCGGCAACCAGCAAAAUGGCCAGGGUCGGUCAUUAUUUGACAGGGUCGAGCCAGGGCGCGGUCGCGGCGGUAUGCGAGGGCGAGGGCGAGGACGCGGCGGACAUGAUCAGAAUGGGCAUAUUAAGGGUGCUUCCAAGUCAAAUGAUCAGGAGAGCCCGGCAAUGGAAGUCGAUGCCUCGAAUUCCGAGGCCGGAGCUUCCUCCGCCAUGGACGUCGAAAAUGCUCCUUCUACAGAACGAAAGCCUCACGACCCUUCAAACACCAUGUGUCACUUCAACCUUCGCUGUACCAACAAGGACUGCCCCUAUGUGCAUCAAUCGCCGGCCGCACCCGAAGGCACAGUGGUUGACAUGAAUGACACGUGCUCCUUUGGGGCUGCUUGCAAGAAUGUCAAGUGCGCGGGCAAGCAUCCAUCGCCAGCUCAAGUGAGGGCCUUUCAGGGACAAGAGCUCUGCAAGUUCUUCCCCAACUGCACCAAACCGAAUUGUCCGUUCAAACAUCCAACCAUGCCUGUGUGCAAGUUUGGCGCCAACUGCAAGACCUCAAAUUGCCAGUACACCCAUCUCCAGACUCCCUGCCGUUACAACCCGUGCACCAAUCUGCGAUGCCCGUUCAAGCAUGAACCUGGUCAGCAGAAGGUCAACAAUUUUGCCGAUUAUACCUGGACCCCGGACAAACAGGCCGAUGCAAAUGCGGGCAAGGAGCAUGUCAGCGAUCGGAAAUUUGUUGAUGACCAGGCCGGGGAGGAGGAGCUUAUCAGGCCAGGAGAGGCCACUGCCGAUACCAACGGUGCGGGUAUGAGACACGAGGUCAGUACUUGAUGUGGCCGGCGCAGGAGGCCGAGCAGAAGAGAAUUGGAGAAACGGCAGAGAAGCAAGAUUCUCAACGAGGAUGUCGGAUGGACGGGAUAGGAUUGUACAUUAUGUGGCAUGAGAAAGGUGUGCUCUGAGCUGGAGCUGCGAGCGGGAAUAAGGUAUACCCCCUAAGGGCGAGGCUUGAUGUCAACGGCGGCGUUGUGCCGUUUUGAACUUCUGUGGAUGGGGUUCUGGGAUGAAUCAGCAAUGGUCUUCUUGGAAUGAACCGGCCAUAACAUGAAUGAAUAGAUUGGAUGACUGUGCGCUCAGUCCUGUGCGUCAUUUGUGUAAGAUAUUUGGGUUAGGGUGAAGGUGAUGUUUAUGCUCUGGACUACUAAUACCUGCUGGAUGUAGGCGUAAAGAGGGUCGUAAUACAACAACACUUACUAGGUA